GGCUUCACAUCCUGCCUUCUUCCCCACCUACCUCGGUAAUUGCGACCCGAUACAAAUGGGAGGGACUAGCAUCCAGAGAUUGCAAGCCCUCACCUUCCUUCCCCCAUUUCACUUGUCCUGAACAUGGACAAUCUGAAUGAGAAGGGUGACUUACUUCCCUCUGCAACUGGGAUUACGUCUGCCCCGAAGCGAUCACUUCUCUGGCAGUAUGCGAAACUCGCGGCGGUUUGCUUCACUGUCGGGUACAUCCUCUGCGGAUACCUGUAUCCGGCUACGCGCCCUCUGUCGAUUCCGACCUUUGGAUGCACGAAGUCUGCCGUCUCGGUGUGCGCCCAGUCUGGCGCUCUCAAACCGAGCAACGAAGCGUUGUUGAAUGCGCUGUAUGAACAGUUUGCAGACCCUGUGUUUGUUAAUAAGAGUGCCGAACUGUUGGGUGCUAGCGUGAGGAUUCCUACGGAGAUGUAUGAUGGCCUGGGGGAGGUGGGGGAGGACGAUCGCUGGGAGAAGUUCGGUGCGUUCCAUGCGUGGUUGGAAGGCGCAUUCCCCAAUGUGCAUGCCACUUUCAAAAAAGAGACCGUGAACACCUGGGGACUCGUCUACACUUGGAAGGGGAGCGACGGUAGCCUCAAACCCCUGAUGCUUACGGGUCAUCAAGAUGUGGUGCCGGUUGAACCACAAACUUAUGAUCAGUGGACUCACCCGCCAUUUUCGGGCUAUUUCGAUGGCGAAUGGAUUUGGGGAAGGGGUAGUUGUGACGAUAAAGGUGGUCUCAUGGCCAUCAUGAUUGCCAUGGAGACACUUCUGAAGAAAGGCUUCGUACCCAAGCGAACUGUCUUGCUAGCCUUCGGUUUCGACGAGGAAGUAUCGGGCAUGCGCGGGGCAGCGUCGAUCGGCAACUUUCUCUUGGAAACGUAUGGCGAAAACAGUAUGGCCAUGCUCAUCGACGAGGGUGCCGGUUACAGUGAAAUCAUGGGUGCAAUGUACGCUGCACCGGGUGUCGGAGAGAAGGGCGCUAUCGAUGCGCGCCUCGCAGUGAAAACCAAGGGCGGCCACUCCUCAACACCGCCUAAACACACGGGCAUCGGUAUCCUGUCGUCCCUUGUUACGAGUGUUGAAGCGAACCCAAUCCCGCCUAGGCUUACUCGCUCAAACCCGUUCUACUCCACCCUUCAAUGCAUUGCCGAGUAUUCCCCCGAACUUCCCAAGAAAGCGCGUCAUCUGAUCAGGGCCAGCCAGAAGAGCGACAAUGCUCUUGAAAAGCUCGGUGAAUGGGCGAUGCACGAACUCCCCGCUGGCGUUGCUGUCUUGCCGAUCGGUCCAAGCCUGAUGUCUACCACCCAGGCGGUUGAUCUGAUUCACGGUGGAGUCAAGAGCAACGCACUUCCUGAGCAGGCUUAUGCCGUCAUCAACCACCGUGUCAGCGUCUCUGACUCGCUUGCAGUUGUUCAAGACCACCUCGUGGAACUCCUCGGGCCCCAAGCAGCUCAGUGGAAUCUCUCCAUGGAGGGUUUCGGCGCUGUUGUCUCUGCAGAUUCCGAUGAUGCGCCGAAGGCGGGCUCGCUCGUCCUCUCAGACACAUUUGGGACUGCGCUUGAACCAGCUCCGGUGUCCCCAGUCGAAGGUGCCGUUUGGAACGUGCUCGGUGGGACAAUCAAGACCGUCUAUGCGCAUAACGAUGGGCUCCCCGCUUCAAUUCGUCGCGCCAAGCUGGAGAGCGGCGAGCAAAUAUCUACUGAGAUCAACAUGGCUCCCGGCAUCAUGAGCGGAAACACUGACACACGCCAUUACUGGGGCCUAACCCCACACAUCUUCCGAUAUGCGCACAAUAGGCCGGAGGGUAUUGGCAAUGGCUUCCAUACGGUCAACGAGGCGAUGGGAAUUGAGAACUUCAUGGCUGCCAUAGAGUUCUUCACUACGCUGGCUAUGAAUGUCGAUGAAGCGAACCUGUAAAGGUUCAUUUACUUUUGUGUUCUGAGAGGUUGAAGAAAUGAUAUUGAAUCCAUUUUUAUUCAUUGCG